UUUAGUUAAUUUCUUGUAAUUUUUCACAUAGCUAGGCCCAUAAUAAAAUCUCUUAGUUCUUUGUUCUCCGUCACUCCAAACGAGUCCUGAGCAACCAGAAAAAUGGCGCUGAGAUACCUCAACAGUUUCAUUUCAUCGGAGGCAUUCAAAAACGCCGGCAGAGAACUAACCGACGGCGUUCCGCGCCUGGUCAAGUUCCUCUGUUGCCUCCAGCUCACCAAGACUCACCUCCUCACCGUCGUUCUGACGUACGGUCCAAGCAUGCUCCCGACGCUCGGCCUGACCGGAAAUCUGUGCUUGGCCGAACGCAUCUCGACCCGGUUUGAAAAAUUGGGCGUUGGCGAUGUUGUUCUGCUACGAUCGCCUGACGUUCCUAAGAAGAUUGUGACCAAGCGAUUGGUGGCCGUGGAGGGUCAGUCUGUUACUUACAUUGUUGACCCUAAGAACAGUGAUAGGUCUGAGACUCUUGUGGUUCCGAAAGGGCAUGUUUGGGUGGAGGGAGAUAAUAUCUAUGAGUCCAAUGAUUCGAGAAAGUUUGGGCCUGUUCCUUAUGGUCUUCUACAAGGCAGAGUCUUUUGGAGGAUUUGGCCACCUAAAGAUUUUGGAUCAUUGGUGCAAAGCAAAGGGAAGGAUUCUGUCUCAUGAGAUCUCAGUCAACUAAUGUUGAUUUCAGCCUUGGUGUUUAAUUGAAGUAUAUGUUGGUGAACGUGUUCAACUAGUCUAAUAUUCACAGGAUUGCUUUCAAUUGAAGUGAUCUCCGAAGUUAUGGAAUCAAGAAUCAUGGGAAAAGAGUUCAUAUUUGCCAGAAACUUGCUCCUAGUCCUGAAAAAAUCUGGGUGGUUGAUAGAGUGAAGCUCCUAGCCUGCAGCAGAAACUUGCUGAGAAUUCAUUAUACACCUUCCGUAACUUGAGGCAGCUUUUGUAAGUAGAGAUUGAAGUUGCGAUCUCCAGCUUCUGGUUAAAUGGGGCCUUCACUUUUAUAGGUCAAUUUCGUAAGUACUGGCCUCUAGGUGAACUAUCAAUUUGUUUAUCUAUCUAAUUUAAGAAACUUGAUACCCAACUUGUUUAUCCA